ACACAUGAACUGAUGAAAGUCGUGGAAAACAGUCGAGAGAGGAAACAAAUCCUUCCCUAUAUUCUUGCGCUCGGAAAGUGGUUUUACUCUGACCCUCGCUUUGGCUUUGGCUUUGGCUUUUCGUCUCUGUGAAGGCCAAAGAGCAACGCAACGAGGAGAGUUUCUAGUUUCUACCAUUCGAUUUCAUCCCGGACGAGGAGUCAGUCGGAAUCUGUAAUCACUUGACAAUGCAUUCCAGUCAUCUUCUACUCGAGGAACCGAUCAGGAUGGCAACCAUUCUGGAGCCAUCCAAAGCGAGUUUCUUCCCGGCGAUGACGAAGAUCGUCGGCACGUUGGGCCCGCGUUCUCGAUCUGCUGAAGUUAUUUCUUCUUGUUUAAAGGCUGGACUAUCUGUGGCAAGAUUUGAUUUUUCAUGGGGCGAUGCCGAGUAUCAUCAGGCAACUCUGGAGAAUUUGAAGGCUGCUGUUAAGAGCUCUAAGAAACUUUGUGCUGUCAUGCUGGAUACGGUGGGCCCUGAGUUACAGGUGGUUAAUAAAAGCGAGAAGGCAAUUACUCUCAAGGCCGAUGACAAUGUAACUCUGACACCUGACCAAGGUCAAGAAGCUUCUUCUGAAGUUUUGCCUAUCAACUUUGCUGGACUCGCCAAGGCAGUGAAGAAAGGAGACACCAUAUUUAUUGGUCAAUACCUCUUUACAGGAAGUGAAACUACAUCUGUUUGGCUUGAGGUAAAUGAAGUGAACGGCGAUGACAUAAUUUGUGUAGUCAAGAAUUCAGCAACAUUGGCUGGAUCAUUGUUUACAUUGCACGCAUCACAAGUUCGUAUUGAUCUGCCCACUCUAUCUGAGAAGGAUAAGCAGGUAAUCAGCUCAUGGGGUGUUAUAAACAAAAUUGAUUUUCUUUCAUUGUCUUAUACACGCCAUGCAGAAGAUGUUCGUGAGGCUCGGGAAUAUCUCUCCAAACUAGGUGAUCUAAGUCAGACUCAAAUCUUAGCAAAAAUUGAAAAUGUUGAGGGGUUAAACCAUUUUGAUGAGAUCCUGCAGGAGGCAGAUGGCAUCAUUCUUUCCCGUGGGAAUCUUGGUAUUGAUUUACCUCCCGAGAAGGUGUUCUUGUUUCAAAAAUCUGCUGUUUACAAGUGUAACAUGGCUGGUAAGCCAGCUGUGGUUACUCGUGUUGUUGAUAGCAUGACCGACAAUCUCAGACCAACUCGUGCGGAGGCAACUGAUGUUGCUAAUGCUGUUUUAGAUGGAUGCGAUGCAAUUCUUCUUGGAGCUGAGACAUUACGAGGAUUAUACCCUGUUGAAACUAUUUCUACAGUUGGCAAAAUUUGUGCUGAGGCCGAGAAGGUUUUCAACCAAGACCAAUACUUCAAGAGGACUGUAAAAUUUGUUGGUGAACCAAUGACCCACUUGGAGUCUAUUGCAUCAUCUGCAGUUCGGGCUGCCCUGAAAGUGAAGGCAUCUGUGAUCAUAUGUUUUACCUCUUCUGGAAGGGCCGCUAGAUUGAUAGCGAAGUAUAGGCCAGCAAUGCCUGUUUUGUCAGUUGUGAUCCCUCGUCUCAAGUCUAAUCAAUUGAGAUGGAGUUUUAGUGGUGCAUUUGAGGCAAGGCAAUCACUUAUAGUACGCGGCCUCUUCCCACUGCUGGCUGAUCCUCGACAUCCAGCUGAGUCGACAAAUGCAACUAACGAGUCGGUUCUAAGGGUUGCACUUGAUCACGGAAAAGCCUCUGGAGUCAUCAAGUCACACGAUCGAGUUGUGGUGUGCCAGAAGGUAGGGGAUGCAUCCGUUGUAAAGAUCAUAGAACUGGAAGACUAAAGUAACAAAACCCCCUACAAGAUCAAAGUUUUUCCAUGUGACAUUUUCUCCAACAGAUGGAGCAAUAAUCGUUUCUUCAUUUGGCGAACUGCCUGGAACAUAAUCGGCUGGUUAUUUUUGACACAUCUCUAAUAUGUACUAUAUAUACACAUUCCAUGUCUUAUGAAAGAAACAACACAUGGAAGUGAAUUGACAAUCACCUAUUCUGGUUUAUGCUUUUGGAAGAAUUGACAUGACUUUUUAUCUAUUGAAAGCUGGAUUGAACGGA